AUGAAGAAAUCAGAAAUUUUGAAAACCUGCAAAAUGGGACCCCCAACUUUUGCAGAUUUCGUACGAAUUACGGCUCAGAGGUCGCCGAUAGCGUCCAGUAGCAAUGUGUCAAUGGAGUAUGAUGACCUGUUCGAAAUGUAUUCCGAUGAAGAUUAUAAUCGCAAUUACACACUGAACCCAAUCACUGCUAUCUCUUCAACAACUAAGUUAGAGAGCGAAUCCAGUUGUUCUUGUGCCAAUCCUCUUCGACGUAAAGACCUCAACUUCGAUGAUCCCCUGGUUUUGGCAGUACCAGGU